AUGCUGUUGUGUUUAAUAGUCAGUUUAAUUGACCGUUUGGCGUUUGCUGCCACUAGUUUGGAAAGUAAAGAUAAUAAUUACUUUUUAUCGAUAAGAAUGCCAAACGUUACACCACAAAGGGUAGACGAACUGAUCUGCACAGCAGCGAAGCUAGAUCCCAGAGAAUCAUACAUAGUCAGGUUUACCCCACAUGCCAGCAAGGCCUCGGCCCAUCACAUGAUGCUGUACGGAUGUCGCAGCCCGGCGAGCUUCAGUCCCUCAUGGAUAUGCAACCAGAACCAGACACCCAGUGGUCCAUCACACGAUGCUGUAUGCUUGGAGGACACCAAACACAUAGUUUUUGCAUGGGCUCUUGAUGCACCUGAAAAAGCUUUACCAGAGGGUGUCGGUCUUCGUGUCAGCGGAGACACUGGUAUCAAUUAUCUAGUUGUACAGCUACACUACGCCAAAGCUUUCCCACCCGGAGUCACUGAUAACUCAGGUUACACAUUAGAGAUGACCAAUAGCAGGCCACCUCAGCAAGUCGGGUAUUUGGUACUAGGAAACUGGGGUGUCAUUCCGCCGCAAAAAUAUGAAUUCUACCUAGAUUCAUUUUGUGAAUUCCCACUCAAUGAUACAGUCUACCCGAUCGCCUACAGGACUCACUCACACAAUCUCGGUGUUGUUACCAGCGGCUACAGAAUCCGUGCUGGUCUGUGGGUGGAGAUUGGACGAAAUUCUCCUCAGCUUCCACAGGCAUUUUAUAAAGUGAGUAAUCCUGGUAUGAAUAUCCGACCUGGCGAUGUCCUGGCAAGUCGAUGUGUCAUGAACAGUGUGUCACGGGACAAGGACACUAUCAUCGGGCCCAGAAACCACGAUGAGAUGUGCAAUUUCUACAUUAUGUACACCACGUAUCAACAGCGAAACCUUGAAGAUAUUAUGUGCUUCCAGAAGUCAAACUCAGAUACUUCACGUGAUGUGUUCCCGCCAGACUCUGGUUCUUUGGAUGGUAUUCCGGGAGCAGAUAAGGUCAAGAAGAAAUUCAGGACUGCGGCAAGCUUGGGAUAA